AUGUCUAGGGGCUCAGAGAGUGAUGAUUGUGUAACAGCUAAUGGGAGGGUUUACAUUCCUGAAGUAAGAAAUGAGGAAACACCAGCAGUUGGGAUGAAGUUCAACUCGCUUGACCUCGUUUAUAAUUUCUAUAAUAGAUUUGCAUUCUUGGCUGGCUUUGGUAUUCGACUUCAUUCCAGCUUUUGGGGGAAAGUUAAGAAAGAGAUUCUAAGGAAAGAAUUUGUAUGUUGCAAACAAGGUGCAUUCAGGAAAGAUGAAACUCGGGAGAGAAAAAGACAGCGGGGAAUAAGUAGAUGCAAUUGCAAAGCUAAGAUUGUGGUUGUGAAGACAAAUGGGAGCAAGAAUGUGAAUGGGAAGCUGAGGAAUCACGAUGUUGAACUAGUGACCGAGUAUUUUAUGACUGAACAGAAAAAAAAUGAGGCUUUUUAUUUCAAGAUUGAGGGAGAUGGCCAUGACAGGUUUAGUCAAUGUUUUUGGGCAGAUGCAACUUCUAGACGGGCGUACGGGUUUUAUGGAGAUGUUGUAUUCAAUACCACAUUCAACACGAAUCGAUACGACUUGACAUUUGCAACAAUGUUGGGAGUUAAUAACCAUGGUCAGACAAUUGUCUAA